AUGACAUCUGGUGCCGUGACCCUGCCGAUAAUUCCCACUGACUUCCUGUGUCCAGACGGAAAGCAGAAGAUUACCCAGCGUUGUUUACCAAGCCAGCCAUCUGAGGCCAAUAAUAACGCUGUUGUUUGUGUUUCAGUGGCGAUGCCGUUCAUCAUAAUGACCAUCAUGUUCCGGCCGUACCAGCGUGGCAUUUACUGCAAUGACGAGACCAUCCAUUACCCCUACAGACCAGACACCAUCUCUCACAAAAUGAUGGCGGCCGUUACCAUUUCCUGCUCCAUCAUUUUCAUCACUUCCGGAGAGGCCUACCUGGUUUACACCAAACGUCUCUACUCCAAUUCGAACUUUAACCAGUACGCUGCGGCGCUCUAUAAAGUGGUGGGGACGUUUCUGUUCGGCGCGUGUGUGAGCCAGUCUCUGACCGAUAUGGCCAAGUACACCAUCGGACGAUUGCGGCCCAACUUCAUGGCGGUGUGUGCUCCGGAAGUGUGUGAGGGCUACAUGCUGGAGAUCAACUGCACGGGAAACCCUCGCAACGUGACCGAAUCCAGGCUGUCGUUCUACUCCGGUCACUCCUCCUUCGGGAUGUACUGCAUGUUGUUUCUGGCGCUGUAUGUCCAGGCACGUAUGGCAUUCAAGUGGGCCCGCCUCCUCCGGCCCACAAUUCAGUUCUUCCUGGUGGCCUUUGCCAUUUAUGUGGGUUACACGCGUGUGUCUGACUACAAGCACCACUGGAGCGACGUGGUGGUGGGUCUCCUGCAAGGGGCGCUGAUCGCAGUCCUCACGGUGCGAUACGUCUCUGACUUCUUUAAAGAGCGCCCCCCUCGCUGCCAGGAUGUUGAAAAUGAUGAAAACGAAGACAGCGAACGCCAGCCCAGCCUUCAGAUCGCAGACACGGACAGAAACCAUCACUCCUACAGCAGGCCUGUAUGAGCCUGACCUUUGACCUGCGAGAGCACUGGAUGCUGCACCAUGUCUUGUACAGACAGCCACACACACUUUACACUGGCACUGACUGCGCUCUCUUACACAGGAUAAUGCUCCUAUUUCACACAGAGAGCGAGCGAGUGAAUGCAUGAACUAACACUGAAUAUUAGAUUUUAAACUUCUCUACAGACCGUGUUUAUAUCGGAUUUUGUCUUAUGCACGCUCAUAUAUGCCAAGUGCACAGAUCGCCUGGCAUCUAAUGAACCGUUAGGGACUUUAUUGUAUCAGAGCACAAAGACGAACUUCUCCAAGGGGAACUGGUUGUUUCCAUGACAACCUCAAAACCACCGGUUGACAUUUACUGACUAGCCGUACUUCUGCUGUUGGAAGCGAUUCUUUUGGCAUGGGAAAGAAAGUGAACUUUUCUAAGCCAUCAGAACACAAGAAUUAAUGUUUCGCUUAGUAAGAAAUCCAGGAAGAGAAGUCUGAACAUGGAACAGAUGCCAAAAAAGGUCUUUCUCACAUUGUCAAUUUGAUAUUUUAUACAAUUUUAUAUGUGUGUUAUAUAUAUUAUAUAUAACUGGAUUAUAGUGACUUUAUUAUUAUUUUUAUAUAUAUAAAGAAAGGUUAUUUUCCUGUGGCGGUAGGUUUAGGGACUUUUCUAAACGUAACAUUUUGGUGAGCUAGUUAUUAUAUCCGCGCACAUCUAGAAGAAAUUCUGCACAGCAUGAAUCAUUUUUAUAUUACUUUUUUAUGUUUAAUUUGCUAAAGACUACCAUGACAACUCGUGAUUUCAAUCUAGCUUUGUCGCGUCGCUCGCUCUCAUAACAAUACGAUUUUCUGAAAACCACUAUCUAACCGAGGCACAUAUAUAUAUCGGUAUAUUUCAUAGAAAUGAGUCUUACUAACCGUCCUAUCCAACAAUAAGGAUCAGGAAAUGUUAACUAUCAGAUUAAACAGCUGUUUAUCUCUUAAUAUUAUCACCACGUGAACGUGAAAAUGCUGCUUGUAAUGUUAAAAUCACAGCCAAUCAUAAAGCUGUAUGCUGAUUCUGAACCAAUGAGGAUUCACUGAGGGGCGGAGCUACCCAACAUGACAAGAAACUGACACUUGUAGAUUAAAAUGGACUUGCAAAAUGUUGUACCUACAUUAUCGGGCUGAAUGUUUCCACAGCAUUAUGAUUGUUUAGUUUUAUAUGCAUAUUUACAGUGAAAAACGACUGGCGGAUUCAAGAAUCAGGUUAGAUUUAUUUUCUUCACGUCAAGCCUUUGCAUGACGAAAUGACGUUUUAAACGUAAGGUGCGUUUAAACAUUGGUCCAUUACAAUAUUAGCGUUCGCUUACCUGUGUCUCUCCAGAGACAAUUUUUUCCAGGAUUUUGUCUCCAUUUACACUUAUCCUUAACUCUGAUUUACCUCAUUUGAUCUAAUUCUAAUUUAUGUUAAUUCGGAGCUCGAACCGAAUCUCGGCAUCGAGUGCCUUCUUCCAGGAAAAUCCAAUUGAUCACCAAGUCGUUAAAGUCCCCAUGAAAUCAAAAUUAAAGUUUUUUGGGUGUUCGUAUCAAUAUGUUAG